AGCCGCAGUGGUUCCUCCCACCUGCACCGCCCUCGCGCUUUGGAGCUCGCUUCCGUCCCGCUCCUCCAGCUGCUGUCAACCCGAGCUAAAGGAACACACGGCUACCGGCUAACGUCAUGUUAUCGCGGUCCAGAUGCGCGUACCGGACGCUUGGUCGUUCUCUGUCCGCGGUGAGCCAGGCAAAUAAUGUGCUGGUCCGACAAAGUGUUGCAGGCCUCCAUGUCUGCAGCCAGCUAGUUUACAGGAAUGCUCGUCCAUGCGAAUUUCAACCCUCAGCAAAUGUCUUCCACAUCAGAUAUUUCAAGACAUCUGCGGUUCACAGGGACGAGGUUGUUACAGUUAAAACGCCUGCGUUCGCAGAAUCAGUUUCAGAGGGGGAUGUGAGGUGGGAGAAAGCUGUGGGCGAUUCAGUGAAUGAAGAUGAAGUGGUGUGUGAAAUUGAGACUGACAAGACCUCGGUACAAGUCCCCGCUCCAGCAGCUGGUGUAAUUGAGGAACUGUUGGUGCCUGAUGGAGGAAAGGUAGAAACAGGGAUGCCCCUCUUCAAACUCCGGAAAGGAGCUGUUCCUGCCAAAGCUGCUCCCUCACCAGCAGUAGAGGCACCGGCUGCAGCCCCACCCUCUCCACCUCCACCCUCAGCACCCACUGCAAUGCCUCCAGUGCCCGCAGUGCCACCAAAGGCUGCGCAAUCCAAACCUGUUUCUGCCAUCAAGCCCACAGCUCCAGCACCAGUUCCUCUAACAUCAGCAGGGAGAGGAGAAAACAGGGUGAAGAUGAACCGUAUGCGGUUGAGGAUUGCCCAGAGGCUAAAGGAGGCUCAAACCACCUGCGCCAUGUUGACCACCUUCAAUGAGGUGGACAUGGGCAACAUUCAGGACAUGAGGAAAAUCCAUAAGGAUGCUUUCUUAAAGAAGCACAACAUCAAACUGGGAUUUAUGUCCGCUUUCGUGAAGGCUGCAGCUUACGCUCUGACUGACCAACCCGCUGUCAACGCCGUUAUUGAUGAUGCAACCAAAGAGAUUGUCUACAGGGAUUAUGUAGACAUUAGCGUCGCUGUGUCAACUCCGAAGGGGCUUGUUGUACCGGUGAUCCGCAACGUUGAGACCAUGAACUUUGCUGACAUUGAGAAAACCAUUAAUGCAUUGGGAGAAAAGGCUCGUAACAAUCAGAUUGCUGUUGAAGAUAUGGAUGGAGGCACCUUCACCAUCAGCAACGGUGGCGUGUUUGGCUCCAUGUUCGGCACGCCCAUCAUCAACCCCCCACAGUCUGCCAUCCUGGGCAUGCACGGCAUCUUCGACCGACCUGUGGCCAUCAAUGGCAAGGUUGAGAUCCGGUCCAUGAUGUAUGUGGCACUGACAUACGACCACCGACUCGUCGACGGCAGAGAAGCGGUCACUUUCCUUCGCAAGAUCAAAGCGGUGGUGGAAGAUCCACGCGUGCUGCUUCUGGACAUGUGAUGUUUCUAACACUACAUUACUCUAAUUUUAUGCUGCAUAAAAUUACCUCCACGUGACAAAACACGCACAAGUCGUACAAAAUCUUUUGCUGUCCUUUUUUAAACGUUCGGUCAGACUUCUUGGGGAUAAAGAGGUUGACUUCACACACUCAAGCUUAAAUAGAUGGUAUUAUCUGUAGAGACUGCUCUUAAAAUGGGCUUUGGCUACGUUAACAAAGCAAAAGGUUUGCUUCCCAUCUUUCAACGUUUAAUGUUUCUACUAGUUUAGCAAAGAGACAAGUCACAUUUACAUUACACAUCCUGGGACAGAAAAUUGGCACACAAAGGCUGAAAAGGUUGAAGAUAACUCGCACAUGGGUGUGUUAUUAUACCGAUGAGCUCUUCAGAUGAAAAUAUGAGGCAGUAGAUAAACACUCACUGCAUCCUUGUCACGUUUGUGUAAUCAUGAAACUAAAUGGCUUUUCAAGGCAGCAUUUGGCCGCCUGACUUUCUCCCCCGUUUGUUAGUCGGUGCCCCCAAACCACUUUUUCCACGGCCGGGCGGAGCGCACACAAAUGAGUUCAAGAUGUUUUAAUGUGAACACAGAAUUUCUUGCUUUUCCGCCAGUAAUUGUGACUAGCAACAGGGAACGCGUGCCACUUUUGGAGCUAACUCCAAUUAUAUUCAUAUAUUUCCUGUAUCCUUUUGAUUUUGCUUUAAAACUGCGUGCCGAUUCUUUGACCAUUAAAGUCUCAAAAUGUU